GCGCAGUGCUGUCACUCUUCUCUCUGCUUCUGGGGAGUUUCCGCUUCAUCCUCAUAACAACCCUCUCUCCUCUCGUCAUUAUCAUUUGGUUCCCAACUUCAUCAAACGGUUUCAGCCAACCGCAGCAUUGUCAUGCCGUCACCAUCCAAACCUCCACCAGAAUCUGGCGACCAGGCUAAAGAACUCGCCGAGACCCUGCCUCUGCGGCUAAGGCUCGAUAAGGACGACUCUUAUAUGAACCAAGUGCGGACAGCUCUGUCCCAGAAAUCAAAGCCCUUUCGUACUCAGGCACUAGUCAAUUACCCGCAAUCAAAUCUUGGCGAGAGAGAGAAGUUAAAACCCGCGCAUGUUCCUUCUACAUUAAUCAGAAUCGGUUCGUGGCAGUUUGCUUCAGAACAUGAACCAGAUUUGGUAGGAAAGUUCUACUUCGCAUCGAGGAAAUUAGUCUGGGAAGUGCUCACGAACGGUCUGAAGAAUAAGAUGGAGAUACACUGGCGGAACAUUUCCGCUAUAAGAGCCACUAUUGAAGAAAACAAGCCGGGAAUCCUCGAAAUAGAGGUUGCAAAUGGUAUCUUUUGA